CACGUAUUGGAUUUCAAAGGCUGCGGAACGGAAUCGCAGAGCUGCACUUGCGGCACUCGGCGUAGUUAAGGAUAGCACCAAUAUGGAUGACCGCACGAUAGACUCCAUAUUCCUGGGCUCGCUGGAGUCCCUGCCGCCGGUUAGCUCGAAAAUCGUGCGCAUCUUUACCAGCUCCACGUUCACGGACACCACAAUGGAGCGGAACACACUGAUGGCCAAGUGCUAUCCACGGAUCAAGGACUACUGUCGCGAGAAGCAUGGCCUAGAAUUUCAGGUGGUCGACAUGCGUUGGGGUGUGCGAGAUGAGGCCACUGACGAUCACAUGACCACGGAGCUCUGCAUGCGCGAGAUUAAAAACUGUCAGCGGCUCUCGAUGGGACCGAACUUUAUCGUGUUUCUGGGUCAGAAGUACGGCUAUCGGCCCAUUCCCACUUACAUAGUGUCCUCUGAAUUGGCCCUAAUCUGCGAAGAACUCACAUCGAUGGGAGUGGACCGUGCCAUCCUCGAUCUGUGGUACAAAAAGGACAGCAACGCAGUGCCACCCAUCUCGGUGCUGCAGCCCAUCUCAUCGAUUUUAAUUAAUUUCAACAACAAGCGCGUUCCCAAGCUGCAGGCGGAGGAUCAGGCUGUGUGGUGGGACACUCUGAACAAGAUGCAGAAGCUGCUGCGCAAGGCAGCUGCCUCCUUGGGGGCCAGUAACAAGAUGUCCAAGGAGGAUGUCCACAACUAUUUCAUGUCGGUGACGGAGCGGGAGGUGAUCAACGGAAUAUUGAACGUCAAGAACACAAAGAACCACUGUCUGUCCUAUGUGAGGUACAUCAACAACAUUAAUCUGCAGAACCUGAAAAAGGCCUCUCUGUUCGUGGACAUCAUCAACCGCAGCCUGGACACCGAGUCGGCCAAGUUGCUGAGUGACCUGAGAGACGUCCGGUUGCCGGCCAAGAUCGAGGCCGUUAACGCACAGAAAUACACGGUGGAAUGGAUCGGACGGGAGGGACUGGACAUUGAGACGCACGAGGAGUACCUGAAUCAUUUCAUCUCUCACUUCUAUAAGAACGUAGUGAAACUGGUGGAUAGGGCGAUGCGCAAAGAAGACUCCAGUGCACAGGGGCAGAUAGUAACUGAGAUCCUUCAGCAUCUGCACGCUUGCAACAAUUCGGUCAAGAUAUUCUACGGGCGCGAGGAAAGUUGCGAACGUAUCAAGCGCUACAUGCUGGGGGAUUCAGAUAAGCCACUUGUCCUUUUCGGCGACGGAGGCUGCGGCAAAACCUCCCUGCUCUCCAAGAGUGUUUCCCUCGUGGCCACCGAGUGGUUCGCCCACGUCCGGCCCAUCAAUGUCAUCCGCUUCUUGGGCACCACGCCGGACUCCAGUGCCUUGACGGCCACCCUUAUCUCCAUUUGUCAGCAGAUCUCUUACAACUACAUGCUACCCUUCGAGAACAUACCCGAUGAUCUUGUUCCCUUAACAGCACACUUUAAGCAAUUACUAACUUACGCCAGCCCCACCCAGCCGCUCACCAUCUACCUCGACUCAGUCGACCAGCUGACAGGCACCCAAGACUCGAAUAAGGUAUCAUGGAUACCCACGCGUCUGCCCCCGCACUGUAAGAUAAUCAUCUCAUGCGCCAACGAACCGGCAAAUCCGACGGUUUCCCACGAAUACCAUGUCUUGUGCAAGAUGAUCGAUGUGGAGGAGAACUUUAUCGAGGUCACAGCACUGGGCGAGGACUUGGCAAUGAACGUGAUCAAGAUGUGGAUGAAGACGGCGUGCCGGGAUCUUAACAAUUACCAGUGGCGCCUGGUGGCUAAUGCCAUUAGCAAGUGCUCCUUGCCAAUUUUUGUUAAGCUAGUUUUCGCCGAAAUCUGCCGUUGGCGAAGCUACACACGUCCCCAGGAGACGCACCUGGCCAACACUGUGAUGGAUUCCAUUAUGCUGCUGUUCGAACGGGUAGAGAAACAACACGGUCGUAUACUGGUUUUCCAUGCUCUAGCCUACAUAACCGCCUCCAAAUCGGGACUUUCCGAGAGCGAGCUGGAGGAUCUCAUUUCGCUGGACGACAAGGUGCUGGACGAUGUCUACCAAUAUCAUUUGCCACCGACGCGGCGUAUUCCGCCACUUCUCUGGACCCGUAUCCGCAACGACUUGCCCAACUAUUUGAGCGAACGCGAGGCGGACGGUGUAAAUGUGAUGAACUGGUAUCACCGGCAGUUCCGGGACACCGCCAAGGAACGCUACUUUAAGAACAUGAACAUGGCCAUUUACUUUCACUCCAUGAUUGCAGAUUACUAUCUUGGCAUUUGGGGCGGUGGGGUGCCGAAACCGUUUAAGUUUACAGAGAUACAGCGGCACAGGUUCGGAUUGGCGGACAAAGAGGGAUCGGCGGAUCGUAAGGUGCCCAUCCAGCCGUUGGUCUUCAGCAGCAAAGAUGGACUAUCCAAGCGCUACAAUCUGCGCAAGUUUGGUGAGCUGCCGUUUCACUUUGUACGCUCGCGACGGUUUAAAGAUUUGUUCGAGCACGUCCUCUUCAACUACGACUGGCUGCACGCCAAGCUUUCCAGCUGUCCACUGCAGGCGGUGCUGGCGGAUUUCGAGGAUGCCUCCAGCAACACCGACGACAAGGAAGCCAAGCGAGAACUUAUGCUGGUUUCCGAUGCACUGCGUCUAGGUGGCGCCAUUCUGGCCAUCUAUCCCAACAUGCUGGCACCGCAGCUGGUCGGUCGUCUUCUUCCCGAGAUCGGCGGUAAUCCCAAUAUCAAAAUGCUGUUACGAGCUUGCGAUCGGAGUGGCCCCAAGGACUGCGCUCUUAUUCCGGUGAAUCAUUGCCUGCACACGCCAGGUGGGCCACUUAAAUAUUCCCUGGAGGGCCACCAGUUCGCGGUGUUUGCUUUUUGCUUGACUAGCGACAUGCGCUACAUGGUAUCCAUAUCCACGCACUUCAUCACCUUCGACCUCUCUACUUCGGACCUGACGCGUGACGUUAAUCCCGGCAUCGAGGGCAUUAUGCAGCAAUUGGUCCUGAGUCCAGAUAACAAGUGGGCUGCCGCCUACUCGAACAACAACCAGACGGUUCUGCUCAACAUGCUCUCCAGCGAGUUUGUGGUGAUUAACAGUCCAUUCGAAGAGUCCCAUGGACCAGUAAGCGGCCUCUAUCUACUAAAUCAAAAUUUGUUUAUCACCUGCAAGCUUCGGUGGGCCCAAUUUGAUACGCGCGGCAAUCUUGUAGAUACGUUUGAUGUUCCCGGCGAAAAUAAAGAUUGGGAGAUCUUAACUAUGGAGUUCUUCAAUCCUGCGGAUUACAACGUAGUUUUCUGGUCUGGCUCCAUCAACGACAUGCGUCUAAGACUGGACUCGUGUCGGGGUGGCCACUACUCCAACUGUCAGCUGCUCUUUAGCGCCAUGGUGAUGAACAAAGCUAGGACUCGGGCCUAUGGAUGUGCCAACGAAGAGAACUUUGAGGUCUCUGUGUUCGACUUCAUUGAAGAUGAGGUUACUGGGGACAUAUGUUGGACUUUGGUAGAGAGCUUGCCGCGUUUCGAGAACGAUGACAAGGAGAUGUUGCUGCAGUUACGGCUUGAUCAACAUGAUCGCAUGCUUCUGGGGACGGCUGGCAAGGGUUUCGUAAUCUGGGACUUUGGCAGCAAGGAUAAGGAUGCGGCGGAAGAGUGCCGUUUACGGGAGGGCGCCCUGUACCUGGCCCUACCGCACGGAGUGCGCAAUAUUACCACUCGCAUAAUGCAGUCUAACUCGAUCAUGGUUAGCUCCAAAUUGGAUUAUGCCGUUGCCGGAGUGCGUAAGAACCUGUAUGUGUGGUGCCUACAGUCUGGUCAGUUGGCAAAGGUACUGGAUGCCCACUUUGGACGUAUUAUUCAACUGGAGCCGCUGACCAUCGGCAACUGGAACAACCUGGUCACAUCCUCCAUUGAUCGUUCCGUAAAGGUGUGGAACAUCAACAAUAUUUUCGAAAAGGUCCACGUCAUCGACCGUCACGAAUUGCAAAUUGACGACAUCAGCCUGUCGGAGGUUGAUAUGGCCGUGACCGUCACUCGCAGUUGCGUGGGUGUUUGGGAGACCCGAUCCGGUCGCCUUCUGGCCAAGCUGGCCGACAGUCCGUUGGGCGCCAUCGUCACACAUGCCGAGAUCACCCCGGAUGGGCGCUAUAUUAUCUCCUCGGAGACUGGCAAGUUUUUAGUGUGGAACCGUGUGUCCGAGCAGGUAGUUUUUAGGGACGACCAACCAGGAAUUCAGCAAAUCACCCUUAUGGACUACGGCUAUAAGGUUCUCACCGUGUCUGUGCCGAACAUAAAUCAGCGGGAUAUCCUUGCAGCAGCUGCUGGAGGCUCGGCGGAUGAAGCCAACCGGCUUACGGCGAUAACGACUAUGCGGUCCGUGCCUGAGGGCUCCAUCUUUUUCCGAUUCGAAUUCCCCAUACGGAUGAUCACGGGCAUGCCUUUUCGUCAAUCGGUUAUAACAGCCGACAACGCAUACAUUGUGGUGGUUACGGUGGAUAAGUCCAACAAGGAUUGCCUGGGCGUCUACAGCGCCACAAAUGGAGCAUUUGUUUCCAAAGUCCUGUUGAAGGGCUGUUCCAUUAAGGAGGUCAUUUCACUAGUCCCGAUGCCGCACAAGGCCAACCAGGUGGCCGUGAUCAGUAGCGAGAAGGGCAGCGUCAUGGACAUCAAGACGAAGAAGCACGUCCGCUCCAUUGCCAAGUGGGGCGGUAGCAUUACGCGAGACGGCAAGUGUGGAUUAUAUGCCCCCACCCGCGGCGGACUGGAAAUGUUGGAACUGCGCAAAGGCACAACAGUUAAAACCUUUAUACCCAAGGUGGCCGAGGGCGUGUUCUCGGUGAUCUGCAUCUUCACGGAGAACGACGAGUACGUGGCUUAUUACCAUAGCGGCCGCAAGACCAUACGCGUAUUUCGCACCGCGGACACUGAAAUGAUAGCCAACUACCGGCUGCAGGCUGAGCUUACGGCGAUCAAAAGCAGCAAAGAUGGACGCGCUAUAGUUUUGGGAACUGUAGACGGGUGUAUGUCGGUGCUGGCGAUCGUCGAUCCAAAGAAAGAGGAAAUGAAUGAGUACCUGAACGACCUGCCCUCCCGCGACGAGAACUGGAAGGCCAAGUUGGCCAAAAUGAAGGCCCGGGUUGGUUUCAAGGCGGCAAUUCGUGUGGCCACCAUUUCCUCACGUUACGCCAAAACCAGCAAGGGAGGAGAGGAUGGAGAGGAGGAGCUGCUCACAGAGAUUACGGAGGACAUUGUCGUGCCAGUGGCCGAUUAACUCAAUUCGUUAAUUUAUAAAUAUAACAUUUAUUUUCGCAUAUAGUUCAUGAGGAUGUUACAAAAAUACGCUGCGUUUCUACUGUGUAUGUUAUCCUG